GGCAGCCAAGUACACUCUGCUCACUCAUUUUUCGAAGAAAAUGCCCAACAUACCAAAAUUCACUGCCUUGUUCACAGAAAACGUUGGCUAUGCAUUCGAUCUUAUGACGAUAAAGCCCAAUCAAUUACAUCUCCUAUACCACAUGAAGCCAUUCUAUGAGAGCCUGUAUGGAGCACACAUUGAAGCAGCGGACACGAAAAAGAAGUAUUUGAAAGUGAAACAAACUGAACCCGCUGAUGGCUCUAAAGAAAGUCUGGCAGAGGGUGUGGCAGCUACAGUUGAAGACUUGGAGGAAGUGCUGAAGAAAAGACUGGCAAUGAUAGAGAGCUGGACAUGUGUAGAUGGGGAAAAUACAGGCAGAAGUGUCAGAGAUGUGGGUGCAGAAUCGGAUGAAAAGAAGGGUGCAAAGGUUGAAUAGAAUUUGGAACAAGUGUGUGAGAGUUCUAAAGAGUUUAAAGACUUGAAUCUUGGUGCUGGUGAAGAACAUGGGAAAAAUGGUGAUUGUUCUGUUGAUAGUUAUGAGAUUGGUGAAGAUUCUUUGAUUCAGAACACGAAGGUAGAUCAAACUGAGAAAAGAAAACAUGGUGAAUUGCAAAAAGAUGUAAAACGUUCUAAGGUUGAAUGAUAAUAUUUUUUAUGAAAAAUAGGUUAAUGAAUUGAACAUAAAAAUGAAAAGAAUUUUCUGUUGAUAAGUUUAAUAAAUGUAUUCGAUAUUUUGGUUGCACUCGUACUGGUAUUACUAGAAAUAUACGCUUUGACUUAA